CUUCUCAGCUAGUUCACAAGAGCACAAGACCAAGUGAAGACAAAGGGCCAGAGAAAGAGAGAGGGUGAAAUGGCUUGGUGUGGUUUUAGGUCAAUUCAUGUUCCUACCAUCGACUUGGGAUUUUUACGUACUCUCUCUCCAUUAACCGCCGUCGGAGGAGUCGUUGCCGGCUCUUCCCUUUGGCGAUCCUCCGCAAGAAAUGGCUCUCCUUUUGCUUGCUUAAGCCUCUCCACUUCUCCUGGGAUUAAGGAGGCUGUGGUGACUGAAAAAGCACCAGCAGCAUUGGGACCAUAUUCUCAGGCCAUCAAGGCCAAUAAUCUUCUAUUUGUCUCUGGUGUUCUCGGUCUUAUUCCAGAGACUGGAAAGUUCGUCUCAGACAGUGUAGAAGAUCAAACCGAGCAGGUACUGAAAAAUAUGGGUGAAAUACUGAAAGCUAGUGGUGCUGACUAUUCCUCGGUGGUUAAGACAACAAUUAUGUUAGCUGACUUGAAAGACUUCAAGAAAGUGAAUGAGAUCUAUGCUAAAUACUUCCCUUCACCGGCGCCAGCUCGUUCGACAUAUCAGGUAGCAGCAUUGCCAUUGGAUGCCAAGAUUGAAAUCGAAUGCAUUGCAGCACUCGAGGCAUGAUGACAGGGAGAUUGAAGUUAUUUAAGGCAGGAAGCUAAGCUCUGCUUUGCAGUUAUAGCUAGGGGGGGGAAACAAUUGUCGAAUAGCCGAGGUACACUGGGAAAACUUUGAUUAUGAUAUUUGAACUUAAUAAUGUUUGGGACAAGAAUCUACAAGUUGUCAUGAA